UGGCACGGGUGUUGACUUACUUUCCAGACAUCAAAUUGCCGACAUGGAUCAGCGUGGCAUCGUGGAGAUUGGCGCAGACCUCGUGCAGGAAGUCUUGCGACACCGCCUGAGGCAUCCGGAGGUGAUCCGCCUGGUUGUCCGGGAGGUGGCCAUGCCACCUCCGGACACGGAGACCUUGAUGCAAGUCAUGGUGCCAGAGGUGAACCAAGAGGUCUUGGAGCGGCUCAAGGAUCACUCCGACGGCAAGCAGACCUACUUCUCCAUCGCCUGCUCUGGGGAUACCGGGGCAGGUAAGAGUUUUCUGCUGAGGGCGCUACUCAAGCAUUUCGAUGCGGAAGGGGUGCCUUUCAGCAGUGACAGCCUGGAAGCCUGCAAGAUGUCGAUCACCGGAAACGUCACUUGCUUCGUGCACAAAUUCAUCCUUGUCUUUGACAUGGAGGGGCCAAAGGGCACUUUGCCCCUGAUGGAAGUCAUCCCUCCCGAGCAUACCGGACCCUUCAAGCUUGAUGUGAGUGACCCAGACCAUCAGCGGCGCGAGAAGCUGCGGCAAGAGGCAGUCGCCAAAUACUUUCCACCGCUGGCCGUGGCCAUCUCCAACACGAUGAUGUAUGUGACCAAGACCAACCCCGUGAAAAACCAUGAGACGGCCCUGCACAUCAAGCAGCUGGCGGAGAACUGCCUCAAGGCGCGCAAAGGAACGUGAACCCCUUUCUAAUCAUCGUGUACAACUUCGCGCUUCUGGGUGAGUGCAAGACAGGACAGCCCAGUCAUGAUCCCAAUUGAGAGGAUUUUUUAGAUCAACUGAAUCAGGCCGUUUUACUUGGUGUGGUGGGAUAGCGCGCUCAAAUAAUUCACCCGAGUAGGCUAUAAAGUCUGUGCAUUGUUGUGGGGCUGCGCUUGAACCCGAAAUGUGGGAGCCCCCGUCGCAAAAGACGGGAACGCUACAUUCGGCUAUGACUCACGGUUUUGUCUCGCAGGCACGCCUAAAAUGCUUGAUGUCAAGGUUUCUUUGCAAAGCCUCUCCAGAAAGAUACCUUCCAGACAGCCAACAACCCACGAAUGGACAAUGUUCCCUCUUAUCUUGGCCUCUGUGGAAAUUGCGCCGGGAAGGCUAGGUUCGUCCAGUGCUCGAGUUAGCUUGGAGCUCGCAGGGCCCUCCAGGUUUCAACCACAGACUCUGCAGCAAAAGGAUGAAGAUGGACAAGGAUGACAAGGUUUUCACCAACACUCGGAUGAAGGUUUGACCAUUUGAGGGACUGACUGGAGAGACGCAGCUCCAGUUUAAAGAGACAGUGACACGUUGCUGUCCUUGUUUCUCCCCCCUCCAAUUCCUGGGCAUGGGUCAGUGAGUCAGGGAUCCUGGUUGAAUGAGAACCUCACAACACAGGGCAUGGGACAUUGGGCGUGGGCACGACCCGCUGCCCAUGGCACUUGUGGUUCCGGCCGGCGGUCUUAAGAUAAGGUUCUAAUGGAUA